AGUAUGCCUACAUGCUGGAGCUCAAAAGAGGCUUGGAUGCAAGAGGCCACUGUUUACUGGAAAUGCCUUCGGGUACUGGAAAGACAGUCACUUUAUUGGCACUUAUCGUCGCUUACAUGCUGGAAAACCCGUCAUCUGUCACAAAAUUAAUUUAUUGCUCACGUACAGUGCCUGAAAUUGAAAAAGUUAUUGAAGAAUUAAAAAAACUUAUGGAUUAUUAUGAAAAAGAGACGGGAAGUCCGCCUAGGAUGGUUGGUCUUGUACUCAGUUCAAGAAAAAAUAUGUGUAUACAUCCAGAAGUCAGUAAAGAGCGAGAUGGAAAGAUUGUUGACGGUCGUUGUCACUCGUUGACAGCUUCGUAUGUCAGAGCUCGACAUAACUAUGAUGACACCACACCGAUUUGUAGUUAUUACGAAGGGUUUGACGAAGAGGGACGUGAGCGAGUUAUGCCACCGGGUAUUUAUUCCAUUGAUGACAUUAAAGAUUAUGGGAGAGAUAGGAAUUGGUGUCCGUAUUUCCUCGCUAGAUUAGCUAUAGUACAAGCACAAUUUGUUGUGUACAGUUAUCACUAUUUACUGGAUCCAAAGAUUGCUCAGACGGUUUCCAAAGAGCUUGCCAAAAAUUCAGUUGUUGUUUUCGAUGAAGCUCACAAUAUAGAUAAUGUUUGUAUCGAUUCAAUGAGUGUAAAAAUUACCAGAAAGACCAUGGAAAAAUGUACAGCAAAUAUUCAGUUAUUAGAAAAAACAGUCUCUGAAAUGCGAGCUGAAGAUGCUAAUAAAUUAAAAGAAGAAUAUCAGAGACUAGUAGAAGGUCUAAAAGACGCGCAAGUGUCCAGAGAAACGGAUGUUGUACUAGCCAAUCCAGUUUUGCCUGAUGAAAUUUUGGAAGAGGUAAUUCCUGGAAAUAUAAGAAAUGCCGAGCAUUUCGUCAGCUUCCUAAAACGUUUCGUUGAGUAUCUAAAAACGAGAUUGCGAGUCCAGCAUGUGGUUCAAGAAACACCGGCUUUAUUUCUCCGAGAUCUGCAGACGAAAGUCUGCAUAGAACGAAAGCCGCUUAAAUUUUGCGCAGAAAGACUCGCAUCGCUUUUGAGAACGAUGGAGAUAACAGAUCUAACUGAUUUCUCGGCGCUGAUUCUUGUGACCCACCUCGCUACUCUGGUUUCCACAUACGCGACAGGGUUCACAAUAAUCGUCGAGCCUUUUGACGACAGAACGCCCACUGUUUUGAAUCCAAUCCUUCAUUUUAGUUGCAUGGACUCUUCUAUUGCGAUGAAGCCAAUUUUUGAUCGAUUUCAGUCGGUGAUUAUUACAUCUGGUACUCUGUCGCCUUUAGAUAUGUACCCGAAGAUAUUAAAUUUCCAUCCUGUCAUUAUGACUUCUUUCACGAUGACCUUGGCAAGGCCUUGCUUAUUACCCAUGAUAGUAUCAAAAGGUAAUGACCAAGUAGCAAUUUCUUCCAAGUAUGAAACGAGAGAUGACGUUGCCGUGAUAAGAAAUUACGGGCAAUUGCUCGUUGAAUUUGCAGCGAUAGUACCUGAUGGACUAGUUUGUUUUUUUACUUCUUACUUAUAUAUGGAAUCAGUCAUCGCAGCUUGGUAUGAUCAAGGAGUCGUUGAUCAACUACAGAGACACAAACUCCUUUUUAUCGAGACUCAAGACUCGGCAGAAACGAGUUUAGCUCUUGUUAACUACAUAAAGGCUUGUGAUAGUGGUAGAGGAGCGGUUUUGCUAUCAGUAGCAAGAGGAAAAGUGUCUGAAGGAGUAGAUUUUGAUCAUCAUUUAGGAAGAGCUGUACUUAUGUUUGGAAUUCCCUAUGUUUAUACUCAAUCUCGUAUACUGAAAGCUCGGUUGGAUUACUUGAGAGACCAAUUUCAGAUAAGAGAAAAUGAUUUCUUGACGUUCGAUGCAAUGAGACAUGCUGCUCAGUGUAUUGGUCGUGUGUUGAGAGGAAAAACUGACUACGGUAUUAUGAUUUUCGCUGACAAGCGAUUUUCUAGAGCGGAUAAACGGAGCAAAAUACCCAAAUGGAUUCAAGAACAUUUAUCUGAUAGUUUGUGUAAUUUAUCUACAGAAGAAGCAGUCCAGAUUUCUAAAAAGUGGUUGAGACAAAUGGCCCAACCAUUCUCACGAGAAGACCAACUAGGUUUAUCCUUACUAACAAAAGAACAAGUUGAGAAAAAAGAAGCCAAGAAAAAAGAAGAAGAAGAAGCUCGAAAAUUAGAAAUGGAGAUAGAAAUGGAAGAUGACAUCGAAUAA